AUGCACAACCUCUCUGCUCAGCCCUGGCAGGUGAAGAUGGCCAACCUGACCUAUGACAACUUCACCCUGGGUAACCGCUCCGAGGUGGCCAUCCAGCCUCCCGCCAACUACAAGACGGUGGAGCUGGUCUUCAUCGCCACGGUCACUGGCUCGCUCAGCCUCGUCACCGUGGUGGGGAACAUCCUGGUGAUGCUGUCCAUCAAGGUGAACCGCCAGCUCCAGACUGUCAACAACUACUUCCUCUUCAGCCUGGCCUGCGCGGACCUCAUCAUCGGGGUCUUCUCCAUGAACCUCUACUCGGUCUACAUCAUCAAAGGCUACUGGCCGCUGGGGGCUGUGGUGUGCGACCUGUGGCUGGCCCUGGACUAUGUGGUGAGCAAUGCCUCUGUCAUGAACUUGCUCAUCAUCAGCUUUGACCGGUAUUUCUGUGUCACCAAACCCCUGACCUACCCAGCCAGGAGGACCACCAAGAUGGCGGGGCUAAUGAUUGCAGCUGCAUGGAUAUUGUCCUUCAUUCUCUGGGCCCCAGCCAUCUUGUUCUGGCAGUUCAUUGUGGGCAAGAGGACAGUCCCUGAGAGGGAAUGCUACAUCCAGUUCCUCUCCAACCCAGCGGUGACCUUCGGCACAGCCAUCGCUGCUUUCUACCUUCCUGUGGUCAUCAUGACGGUGCUGUACAUCCACAUCUCCCUGGCCAGCAGGAGCAGGGUGAGGAGGCACAAGCCUGAAAGCAGGAAAGAGAGGAAAGCCAAGUCCCUUAGUUUCUUCAAGGGUCCGCUGAUCAAACAGAACAACAAGUCCCCCAAGAAGGCUGUGGAGGUGAAGGAGGAGGUGAGGAAUGGGAAAGUGGAUGACCAGCCCUCAGCACAGACAGAGGCCACUGGCCAUCAGGAGGAGAAGGAGACUUCUAACGAGUCCAGCACGGUCAGCAUGACCCAGACCACGAAAGACAAGCCCACGGCAGAAAUCUUGCCAGCGGGGCAAGGACAGAGUCCAUCCCAUCCCCGGGUGAACCCGUCUUCCAAGUGGUCCAAGAUUAAAAUUGUCACCAAGCAGACUGGGACUGAAUGUGUCACCGCCAUUGAGAUCGUUCCAGCUAAGGCAGGAGCCUCUGACCACAAUUCCCUGGCCAACAGCCGCCCAGCCAACGUUGCCAGGAAGUUUGCCAGCAUUGCCAGGAGCCAAGUACGGAAGAAGCGCCAGAUGGCAGCCCGGGAGAAGAAAGUCACCCGGACCAUAUUUGCUAUCUUGCUAGCCUUCAUCCUCACGUGGACGCCAUACAAUGUGAUGGUCCUCAUUAACACCUUUUGUGAGACCUGUGUACCUGAAACAGUGUGGUCCAUCGGCUACUGGCUCUGCUAUGUCAACAGCACCAUCAACCCAGCCUGCUAUGCCCUCUGCAAUGCCACUUUCAAGAAAACGUUCAAGCACCUUCUCAUGUGCCAGUACAGGAACAUUGGCACAGCCAGAUAA